AGGCUGUGGAGUGUAAUUUAACUCACUCUGUUUUGAAGUAUGUAGUAUGAGUAUCCCGCUUGCUUCUGACGCUCACUCCUACCAUUCCUACUCUCUCUCUCUCUCUCUCUGACUUCUUGAAAGACAUCGGGAGUGGGGGUCUGGGAGCUGGGAAGGUUUUCAUAAAUUCUAUUGAUACAUAAAAUCCUGUUCCAACAUAUCCUCGUUUAACUCUUCUCCAACGCUUGGGAAUAUGAAGAAAGAAACUCUGGUUAUUGCCAAUGUUGAGGAACCUACUGCUCGAAUAACUCGAGCUCGAGCUGCUGCAUUUCAUGCAUGGGGGGGGAAGCCCACUUCAAAGGCAUCCACACAACAAGAUCAGAAGCCUGCGUUGCAACCAAAUAGAAAAAGAGCAGCCUUGAAUGAAAACAACUCUAAUGCUGCUGAUACUGCAUGUCUUCAGCUAAAAAGGCGGGCAGUGCUCAAGAAUGUCACAAAUGUUUGCUGUGAAAAUUCACUUAGGAACUGCAUCGAUGCAGCCAAAAUUCAGAGUAGGAAGGGUAAGCAGUGUAAAAGACGUAAAGUAAAGGUGUCCAAGGUGGUCCCGUCUGUUGUCUUAGAAAUCCCACAGCUUCAAACUGAUGUAGAAACAAAAAUGCAUCAAAUAAGAAAAAAAGAACUUAAAAAAGAAGAUGUUACUAGUGCAGAGAGUUUGGAAGAACCAUCUUUAGAUAAUAGUUGCAACAUGAGGGAGCUUGCUGCAGCUGAUUGUCAGCUUGAAAGACAGAAUCUUGCUAUGCCUCCUCUUCUCCAAAGCCCUUUAAGGAAAGCUGAGAAAGUUGGCCCUUGUGGGAAAUUGAAGAUAUCAAGCAAUCCGGAUGUUAAAGACAUAGAUUCUGAUCACCAUGAUCCUCAGUUGUGUAGCCCUUAUGCUGCUGAAAUCUAUAGCAAUUUAUGUGUUGCAGAGCUCAAACAAAGGCCUUCUUCUAAUUUUAUGGAAACAGUCCAGCGAGAUAUCACCCAGUGCAUGCGUGGGAUUCUAGUUGAUUGGCUUGUGGAGGUGUCUGAGGAAUAUAAGUUGGUGCCAGAUACACUUUACCUCACAGUGCAUCUCAUCGAUUUGUUUCUUUCUCAAAAUUACAUUGAAAGACAGAGACUUCAACUUCUUGGCAUCACUUGCAUGCUAAUUGCCUCGAAGUAUGAAGAAAUUUGUGCGCCACAUGUGGAAGAUUUUUGCUUCAUCACAGACAGUACUUAUACAAGAGAAGAGGUAUUGAAAAUGGAAAGCCGAGUAUUGAACAACUUUGGCUUUCAAAUUUCUGCACCUACUACGAAAACAUUUCUAAGGAGAUUUGUCCGUGCAGCACAAGCUACUUACAAGAACCCCAGUUUUGAAUUGGAAUACUUGGCAAAUUAUCUAGCAGAAUUGACAUUGUUGGAAUAUGAUUUCUUGAAUUACAUUCCCUCUCUCAUAGCUGCAUCAGCUGUCUUCCUAGCCAGAUGGACAUUGGACCAGUCAGGCCAUCCAUGGAAUCCAACUCUAGCAUUCUAUACCACCUACAAGGCAUCAGAUCUGAAGACUAUGACUUUUGCAUUACAAGAUUUGCAGAUGAACACCAAUGGCUGCCCUCUGAAUUCUAUACGUGCAAAGUACAGGCAAGAAAAGUUCAAGUCUGUAGCGGCUUUGUCUUCCCCGAAACUGCUCCAAACACUGUUUUAAAGAUAUAGACCUAACACAAGGGACAACUAACAAGUGCCAUGACUAAUUGGACCAGAGUUUCCUCUGGAUUUUUGCUAACUCUCUGGAUGUCAAAUCUCAAUCUACUCGCUUUCCCAUUAAUACUCACUUUUUCACUUCAAAUUUUUGUUCAUAAAUUUUUUGUGAGUUUAUCAGGUAUUGGUUCUUCAAAACCUUUUCUUUUGUAAUGUUGAAUCAUGGAACUAGGGAUGUAAAUUAGUGCAGCUAGUUUGAAGCAAAAUGACUCAUGGUUAAAUA